AUGCAAACCUUAACCUCCUCAAGCAACGAAAGCCGCCUGGUAAAAUCCGUGUGCGCCAUUGUCAUAAAGGGUUAUUGGGACAGAAUCUUGAAACCAAAAAUCGGUUCUUUGGUGACUUCAUCCGUCACGACCCAAGCAAUACUGAACCUCUCUCCUCACGGGUUCUCAUUUUCAUGGCCGUUUUUCAAAUGGGUCGAGGCCAUUCCCCGGUACAAGCAUUCCCUGCAAUCGUGCUGGGUCAUGAUUUGCGUUCUAACAAAGCACCGACGAUUCAGGACCGCUCAGAGCUUGCUCGAAAAAGUUGCCCGCAGGGAAUUCCUAUCUUCCCCGACCGUUUUGAACGCGCUUGUGGGUAGUUACUGUGACCCGGAUGUGAAUUCGCAUGUUUUGAGCUGGUUGGUGAUUUCCUGUGCUAAUACAAAGACUAAUCGAGAUGCACUCCAAGUGUUUGAUCAUAUGCGUGUGUGUGGAUAUAAGCCCCAUUUGCACGCCUGCACCGUGCUUCUCAAUUCCCUGGUCAAGGAGAGGUUGACCGAUACCGUUUGGAAAACUUACAAGAAAAUGACGAAAAUCGGGAUCGUUCCCAAUUUGCACGUUUACAAUGUCUUGAUUCAUGCUUGUUGUAAGUCGGGAGAUUUCGAGAAGGCGGAGGGUUUCUUGAGCGAAAUGGAGUCGGAAAACAUUUUUCCCGAUCUUUUCACGUAUAAUACUCUAAUUUCAAUGUAUUGCAAGAAGGCAAUGCACUAUGAGGCCUUGUGUGUUCAAGAAAGGAUGAAAGUAAGCGGAAUAACUCCCGAUAUUGUGACUUAUAACUCGCUCAUUUAUAGCUAUUCUAGAGAAGGCAGAAUGAGAGAGGCUUUGAGGCUAUUCAAAGAAAUUAAAGGCGACAUUUUACCAAACCAUGUAACAUAUACUACUUUGAUCGAUGGGUUCUGCAGAGCAGGUGAUAUUGAUGAGGCCUUAAAAUUACGCGAAUUAAUGGAGUGCAAAGAAUUAUAUCCAGGUGUAGUUACGUUUAACGCUAUUUUACGAAGGUUGUGUGAGGAAGGCCGGAUACAGGACGCGAAUAGGCUGUUGAACGAGAUGGGCGAAAGAACAAUUGAGCCCGAUAAUGUGACGUGUAACACAUUGAUAAAUGCCUACUGCAAGAUUGGUGAUAUGAGGUCUGCAUUGAAGGUUAAAGGUAAAAUGAUCGAGGGAGGAUUAAGGCCCGACCAGUUUACGUACCGGGCUUUGGUUCACGGGUUUUGCAAGGCCCGUGAGGUGAACAAUGCUAAGGAGAUGCUAUUCGAUAUGAUUCGGGCAGGAUUUUUUCCGAGCUCCUGCACUUACGCGUGGCUCGUGGAUUUUUACUGCGGUCAAAACGAUUUUAACAGUAUCUUGGGUUUGCCUGCUGAGCUGGCUGGAAAGGGAAUCCUUGUUGACAUCAGCGUGUAUCGGGCAAUCAUUCGGAGGCUGUGUAAGCGAGAGAGAGUUGAUUGCGCGGAAAGAAUUUUUACAGUUAUGCAAGAAAUGGGGAUAUUAGGAGAUACCGUGAUUUGUGCGAAUAUGGCUUACGCGUAUUUUAGAGGUGGUGAUGGUAGUUCUUUUUCGGCAUUUUUGGAUGAGAUGUAUCGAAGGAGAUUGAUGGUUACACUCAAAAUCUUUAGGAACAUUAAUGCCUCGUAUGCAAAUGAUAGGGACUGUUUGGAUAUGUUUUGGAGUGCUCUGCUCGAUAGAGGCUUGAUUUCCAAGAGUAUUUACAAACAGAUGCAGCAAUAA